GCGGAAGUCAGCUGACUGGGCAACGUAACAGACAUGGCGCAAGUUACAUCGCUGUUCUGUGCCUGUCUGGUCGUGUUGGCUCCGGGCUUGGUGCUGCCGGAUGAUUCCUACCGCAGACAGGUCACCUUCGAGUACAAUCCAGGACGGAACAGUUCAGUGGGAGCCCCCUCUGCCACUGUGCCCAACGUGCUCCACAUCCGGGCUGUGGGUCCCAGCGACACCAUCCACUAUCUGUGGAGCUCGCUUGGAGCCCCUACCAUCCUGCAGGUCUACAGCAGCAGCCCCAACAGCACCCUGCACAUCAACUGGACCCAGCUGGAGCUCCAGGAUCCCACCGAUGCUGUGCGUGUUGAACCUGCCGAGGCCGUGGUCUAUUCCACGGCCGUUAUUUUCUCUCGGCUCCUGGAGUACAAAGAUGUGAAUGACACAGCUGACCUGUCCCGGGCUCCGGCCGAAGACUUCUACCCCCCCUACCAGCUGCAGGACUUCUCCUGGGACGAUGCCAACGCCACCCUGAACCAGAGCACGCUAACCGCCCAGCUCCGGGGUCGCAACGCAACCAGCCAGCUCUUCGCCAAUGGCAGCAUCACCUUCCGGAUUGCAGCGUUUGAGGACUCUGGUCGUGACAGCAACCUCCCUCGCCUCCUGCACACGGCCAACAGCUCGAAAAUGGAGUUCAUUAUCAAGGGACUCCAGCCUCGUGGCAAUCAGUCGCGGUUUGGCCUGGAGCUGAUGGUGUUGGAGGAAGAGGGGACCCAGCGGCAGAUAAGGCUCAGAAGAACCAUCGAUGACGAGUACACGCCCAGCAUUUUCAAGGUGGCGGAGCUGCUGGGGGUGACGGGGAACGGCAGCAGGGUGAGCAGCUUCCUGCAGUGGAAGCCGGUGGCAUACGGCUCCCCGCAGGCCCUGCGCGCCGAUUCCAUGCAGUCCCGGGACUACGGACUGCAGCCGGGACACAAGCAGAGCCUCCCCACAGCCAGCCUCGCCUUCGCCUUCCCCGGCACCACGCCGGGUCAUCGCGCACGGCUCUCCGCCCUCAACGUCUCCUUCGGCAGCCCCGGCGAGAGGCUGUACCCCGUGCACCAGUACAUCAGCUGGUCAGUGCUGAUUGGACACGGUGAGCCGCCGGAGGACAGGUUCUCGGUGCUGGUGAUCGCUGUCAUGGCAGUGGGACUGGGACUGCCCGCCCUGCUGCUGAUGCUGGGGGGAGUGUAUGUGUGUGUCGCCCGCAGGAGGAGAGCAGCCACUGGGUACCAGCCCAUUAACUGAGCACAGCUGCUACUGGGGACAUCCUGCUUCAUCCCUUCCCAAGCCCUUGUCCACCUCCAUCUGGGACCCUCACCAGGGGCUAGGGAUCUUGCCCUACAACAGUAGGGAUCGGGAGAGGUGUGGGAGGGCAUCAGUGUUUUAAUCUGUCUAAAGUAAAAUGUUUGUCUUGUGGGAGAUGGUGUAGAGGGAGCUUCACCCUGUGUCUGAGCCCGGGAGUGUGUGAUGGGACGGUGCGGGGGGAGCCUCACCCUGUGUCUGACCCCGGGAGUGUGUGACGGGACGGUGCGGAGGGAGCCUCACCCUGUGUCUGACCCUGGGAGUGUGUGACGGGACGGUGCGGGGGGAGCUUCACCCUGUGUCUUGCCUGUGCUGUCCCUGCCCCGGGAGGGUUGUUUUGCUGUUUAAGUGGGAAAUGGCCCCUGUCUGUGGACCUGCUCUUAAUUUAACCCUGCUGUAAUGGAGACCAGACACAAUCUGUUGAACAGAACUUUGGUACGAAACUUUGUGACUGUGCCCCAACUUUGGAUCCAAACUAAUCUCAUGCUGCCUGCUGACUGAACAGUGGUUGAAGUGAUGUCUGGGCACCUGCUCUGUCUAUUAGAUGUGUUUCCAGCCUCUCCCUUCCACAGUGUGACACUCGGCAUCUCCUGGUUUCUGCUUAAGCUGCAGGUGGUGGGUCAUUUCUCGUUGGGUUUGAGGGAUAGACAUUGACAGCACAGGUCCGGGGUAACUCCUGUACUGCAGCACCUUGCUGAGGGGGCCUCAGAUUUAAUUCUCUCCCCCCCCCCCCCCCCCCCCCCCCCAAAUUGCUCUGCCCCCUUGGUGCCCAAAUGGACCAUUAUCAUUCCCCACUCUCAGUUUACCCUGACUCUGCCCAGUGCAAACUGCCCUCAAAGCUUCUGCUCCCCUCCACACCCCCACCCUCCAGUUCCCACCCCUCAACCCUGUAAAGUUCCACUGCUCCCUGUCCCAACCAGCACUGUCCCCUUCACCUGCUGUGACCCAGAUGGUCUCCCCAUCUCUGUGAACCACCCUCCAGUCCAGUAACCCUUCCCCACUGACGUGGCCUCCCCAGUUCCAGCCUCGUUCUCUCUCUUGCACUGCUGGAGCUCUGGAAUUUCCUUUCUAAUCCUCACCACCUCAGUUUGUUUCCCACGAAGUCCCCCUGCCUGUGUUACCACCAGCUGAGGGUCUAGGCUUAUUGUCACGUGCUGGUUUAUGGAGGCAAAGCUCUCUGCAUUUGAAGAGAGCAGGGUGCCAGUGCAGGUCCCAGUGAACAGGAUUGUCUCCAAAAGUAAAAACAGCAAAUUGUCAAUACUUUAUUACAAAACUUACACAAUUUCAGAACUUGCACACAUUUGGCUGUCAUGAUGCAAAGCUACUUGUUAUAAAAAAUACUUUCCUCUCUG